GAUAAGAAAAUGGAAAAUUCAUGGGCCAUACGAGCGAACGUUAUGGAUCUGACAGAUCCUGUGAAUGCUCUCUCCAACCAUGACCUCACUGUCACUGAUCUGUCUGCUCCACUCUCUAGCAUCUUUCCACUGCUGGUGAAAGACCAGGAGCAACUUGGGAACUCCGAAAUUACUGUCAUUCAUAAUACGAACCUUUUGAACGCUACGCAGCCCUUGUCAGAAGUUCUGACAGAAUCUUCUUCAUCGCCCUCGUUGACCGUUGUAUUGAAGCCGCGAAGGGUCGCUCCGGCAACUUCGGGCGAGGUUCCACCGCGAAUUCCACGCGGAUUUUUCAGGCGCGCCUCGAAACACCACGACAAACUUCUAGCCUUAUUAAACGACAAGCAAUGGCUCAACGAACUUGCGGUCAAGUGCCUGGCUGCAGAGCCCGAUCCCUUCGCCUUUGACCUCCUCCACGAUCGUCACAUGCUCGCGCUUGCAGCUGGACACUCUUGCCUCUAUCGAGCGAUUUACUGUGUAAACGAUCGUCUUCUAGCAUCCAUCAGUGCUGGUGCCUCACUUUCACGAGCUCUUGAAUACAAUGUUCCUCGCGAGGAAGCAGAAACCUCAACCUCCGACGAGGAAGAGGAGGGGGGCGUCAAUCCACUGGGACUGAGUGGGGAGACGAAUGACGCCGUCGGACGUGGUUCGAACGCCACCGACCACCGCCCCUCACCACGCGCCGCUGCUCUGUCCGCGCCGAGCAGACAGCCGCAACUCGACUUGCAGACUCUGCGUGCUGCCGUGGCGCAGGCAUCCAAUGCGUUAGGGCAUCAACAGUCUGCUAACCCUGUUCCAAGUGCCCCGGCAUUCUCCCCAGUGACUUCUGAGCCAAUGGAGGUCGAUGGUACCACGAGGCCACCGCCCGUCGAGCGUUGGGCACCCCAGUUGGCCAUUCUGGCCGAGAUGGGUAUCACGGACAACGCGGCGGCUGCGCAGGCACUCGAGGCCACUGGUGGUGAUAUCGACUUUGCUCUCCAACUACUGUUGGGAUGA